GGCCCGGGGGGUGCGGGCGGCGGGCGCGCGCGGGGGGCCCGCGGAGCUGGCGCGGCCCCGCGCCAUGCGGGACCAGCUGGAGCGGUGCCUCGGCGAGUGGCGGGAGCUGGAGGAGGAGUUCCGGCAGCUCCAGGAAACACACAAAGUUUACAGACAGAAACUGGAAGAAGUCACCAGUUUGCAGACAGCCUGCAGCAGCUCCAUACACCGGCAGAAGAAGACACUGAGGGAUCUGAAGCACAGCCUGCAACGGUGCAAGCCCAGAGCUAGUCCUGAGGAGUUUGCUCUCAUUCAGGAGAUCAGCAGCCAGAUCAAGGAGAGGCAGAAUGCCUUCUUUGACAUGGAAGCCUACCUGCCCAAGAGGAACGGCUUGUACUUAAACCUGGUGCUGGGAAACGUGAAUGUCACUCUCCUGAGCAACCAAGCAAAGUUUGCUUACAAGGAUGAGUAUGAGAAGUUCAAACUUUAUCUGACAAUAAUCUUGUUACUCGGGGCUGUUGCCUGCAGAUUUUUUCUCCACUACAGGGUGACAGAUGAAGUGUUUAAUUUUCUGUUGGUGUGGUAUUACUGCACGCUGACGAUACGGGAAAGCAUUCUCAUUAGCAAUGGCUCAAGGAUCAAAGGCUGGUGGGUGUCUCAUCACUACGUUUCCACGUUCCUGUCUGGAGUGAUGUUGACGUGGCCGGAUGGACUCAUGUAUCAGAUGUUUCGCAGUCAAUUUUUAGCAUUUUCAAUAUUUCAGAGCUGUGUUCAGUUCUUACAGUAUUAUUACCAAAGGGGCUGCCUCUAUAGGCUCCGGGCCUUGGGGGAGAGAAACCACUUGGACCUUACAGUAGGAAUAGCUCUUAUGGUCUGGGUGGGGAGGAGCUGCAGGUCCAGUCCUGCCUCUUCUGUGCUCAUACUCUGCCUCUUCUGUCCACCUUUUCCAGAAGGAUUUCAGUCCUGGAUGUGGAGGGGGCUGACGUUUCUCCUUCCCUUCUUGUUCUUCGGGCAUUUCUGGCAGCUAUACAAUGCAAUCACGCUUUUCAGAUUGUCAAGGCACAAGGAAUGCAAAGAAUGGCAGGUUUUUGUGUUGGCUUUCACAUUCCUGCUACUCUUCCUUGGGAACUUCCUCACUACUCUCAAAGUGGUGCACACUAAACUCCAGAAGAACAAAGACAAGGUGAAGAAGCUGUGACUCCCUCUGUUCCCAGUGUGCAUCCAUCCCUCUGCCCCCAGCAGGGCUGGGUUUGGGACAGAUCCUGCUCAGCCCCAGCCAGGUUGAGGGAUGGGCUCGGAAGGACUCGCCUGUCCCUGUGUUUGGUGAAGGACUCUGCCAGCACAGACUCAGUAUUAAUGCAAGCAUGGCUCUCCAGUCACACUCCUGCUAUUUAUGUCUAUUUAAUAUAAAACAUGUUUGCUUCUGGGAUUUUUGUUCUGUAUAUAGAGCAGCAUGCACCUACCUGGCCAAGUGCCAGCGUUGGGGAAAAUGUGGGAUCUACUGUAAUUCCAAUUCUGGAAUGAUACCUGACACUUUCCAGUUUUAUUAUUUAAAUUCUGGAUAUUGAGUUUAUUGAGGUUUAUGAACACUCUGGGUGGAUCAGUAAUUGAGAGUGAAUGCUGUUUUUCAAGGCAUUUGUUUAAGGCAUAUUCUCAGUGGCAAUACUAACCUGUGUGUACUGUGAAAAGAAAAUGCUUAUCUUUGUACCAUACUGCUGCUAUAUACACUUCUAAAAAGCUAUUUAAAAAAGAGAAAUUCCUCCUUUGAAAACAAAAUCAUGCAAGCAAAAGCAGUUUUUAAAUGGCAGGGAAGUCUGCUAGCCCAUUUCCAGGGAGACCAGGUCAUUUGUCCAGGCCUGAAAGGACCUAAAAUAAACUAUUAAAUAUGCA